ACGUCUUUUCAGUCAGUGGACUUUUCUGAAGUGGGCUUUUAAUGCUGAAAUAUUGAAAGCAAUAUAUUGUUCAGACGAUAGGCAUCAAGCCUCAGAAUGAAGUGCGAGGGGUGUGGAAAGGAUGCGGAAGUGGAGUGUGCAGAUUGCGCCCCAAAAGGCGCAGACUCUGAGCCCCUUCUGUUGUGCCAGCAGUGCUGUAGUAGUGUGCACAUCGGACAAGGCCGUCUCAGUAAACACAGAGUUGUCUCCCUUGCAUACAAGAAGCAAAGCCAUGAGUUGAAAGCAAAGUUCGAAAAAUAUAAUAUAAUGUCUAGCGAGUUGAGGAAGCGCAAAUCCCAGGUUAACAGUUGUAAGGAGGAUAUUGAUGAGAGAGUGAAAAUUUAUGAGAGGCAAAUCAGAGAGACCACAUUAGCUGUCUGUCAGAAAAUCAAACAAAGGGCAAUAACUCUUAUCAAAAAGAUGAAAGAGGCAGCUAACAAACGAGCAUCUGACAUAGAUGGAUUUGAGAAGUAUCUGAACAACACAAUAUUUAAUCAAAUGGGCUUGAUACGCAAAGAGUUAAAUGCCCUUGAUAAAACCCCUCCUGAGAAUUAUGAGGAAAAGGUCAAGGCCAUAGAGGAGCAGAUAGAAGCCAUGGAUUUCUCCCACCUAAGAGAGCACCUGCCCUCCACAUGUAUAGAGUAUUCUAUAGACUUUGCCGGGGUUCAGCAAGGUAUCAAGGCUUUAGACUUCGAACUGUUGGAACCUUCUCCAGCUGAUCCUGAGCUUGAAAAUGUCACUGAGGCUCCCAAAUAUUUGGCAGACAGCAUAGAAGACGGUACACGAAUGAAAGUGUGUAUUCAGACUGCUGUCACCAAAUCUGGAGAGUUCUGGCUUCAACCUGACUUCCCCACCGAUGUCUACGAUAAACUGAUAGAUAUCAGCCAUAAAUUAAGACAGGACUUUAUUUGUAACUUGGACUGGAAGACCUAUGAGCCAGAGGACGAGGAGCUACAGGCUGGUGUGUUGUGCUGUGUGCUGUACCCCAGUGACAACAAGUGGUACAGAGGUUGUGUUGAGGAACUACGCUCAGAUCGGAAAUCUGCUACAGUGCGCUACCUGGACUUUGGGAACACUGCAAUGCACAGCGUCUCCCAGAUUUUACCUUACAAAUGUCCAGUACGAGGAGUCCCAUUUCAGGCUGUAGAGUGUCGCUUGUCUGGACUCACUGAAGAUCUUUCUCACGAGGCUAAGUGGACUUUCAAUGACAUGGUUCGAGAGAAACUACUGGAUUGUAAAUUCCUCAAGAGGGAAUCGGAGGGCUCUGGGAAGGUGUGGUUAAUUGAGUUAAGCCUGACCCAGGAUGAUGACGCUGUCAUUAACCUUAACCACAUGGUUCGCGAUAGAGUUGUGAGCAAGACCCAGAAAGAGGCGAUAUCAUGUAGGGAUGUCAGACUGCUGGAGGACAACCUUCCAAGUUCAUUCAAGGUCAUUUCUACAACUGUGAAAGCUGGUGACUCAGCGCCAAACACAGGAUCUACAGGUGAUGAGGGUGCAAACAACGACACACCUGCAGCAGAUGGUAACCAAGGUGACACUCAGAGCAGUGAGGACGGAGUUGAGCCACCAAAAGAGAGCCAUGGUCAGUGUUCUCAAGAUAUACGCAAGGUUGUACACAAAUCCCAAGACAUUCGAAACCAGCCCAGGUCCCAAGAUGUCCGUAAAUCCACAAGCGCUGGUGGCAAGUCCCAGGAUGUCAGAAAACAGGCACCUUCCCAGGAUGUGCGCAAAAGCAACCCGGACAACCAAGAUGGACGCCAUUCAAAUUCUGGAAAUCAAGAACAGAUGGAUGAUUGUUCCUCUUUUCUCAGCAGCAUUGCAGUUGGUGGAUUUUCUGAUGAUAACCAGAAUAGAGGAUCGCCGGCAGCAGUGUCUCUGGAGCGGAUUGCAGAAGGCUGGAAACAUCAACAAGCAGGACGCAAGGUCAGAUCUCGGAGUAAACACAGCCAAUUGGUCGUACCUGAAACUACGAGAAGCAUCCAUCCCAGAAUGUUGACAGUAACCGAAGUGGAGGCAUCGUCAGAGAUUGUGACUGGCCCAAUGGUAGUCAGUUCUGGAGGAGAUGAGCGACAGGGGACUUGGAUACCAAGCAGUCAACAGUACAGACCACCCUCUGGAAAGCCCACCUCUGUACUAGUCUCUCUAAAGCCACCGCCUGGAUCCAGCAGCCUUGAGAGAGAAGCUCAAGAAGUCGUGAACAGCGUCAUUCAGGAAAUUGUUUCCCGGUUCUGUGUGAAUGGAAAAAUGGCGGGCACAGAGACAGAGGUGGGCUCGGAUACCCUGCCUGUCCCAGGGUUUUCUGUGGAUCUAGCUUACGAUAUGGAGUCCCGGGGCUCGGAUGAGCAUUCCACGGAGACCCUCAUUCCCUCUGAGGAUGCCAAACAGCAGGACGUGGAGGCUGACUCAGAGGAGACUGCUGUGAAGUCGUUCUUGUUGGAGGAAGAACAAUUGCAUGCCAGUGUGGCAGAGGUCAAACUCCAUCCCUACAUCAAAUCAAACAGCAGCUCAAUGGAAGAUAUCAAUGUGAAAGACUCCAUGUUAAAACCGGAGAUCCAGGACAAGUCUUUGAGUAACCUGUGUGGUUAUGACCUUGAGCAGACGGUUGUAAAGGUCGUGAGAACAGAGUAUGCCAGUUUGACAGAAUAUGAAGCCUGUGAUAGUAUUGACCCAUCUCAACUCUUGUCCAUGUCGACCAAUGAGAUUUCCCAACUGGAUAGCAUAGAGCCAGCUUCUGACCAAUGGGAAAGCAGGGAAGGGAAACGAGAUUACAGCUUGCGUCCAGAGGAGGACAUGGAUCAGCCAGUGGCAUCGAGCUCUGCUCAUGUGGAAGAUCAGAUGCCCUACUCUCGGCUACCCAGGAUCAUGUUUGUCCCAGGCAGUACUUUCAUGCUGUAUGUGGUAGACAGUCUACACAUGAAUGGGACUUUCUGUGGACAAAUUGCCAGGACAGCACAAGAGGAGAAAAUAUUUGAACAGUUCACUCAAGAAUUACGAAAUUACGCCCUGCAUUGUAACACAUUGGCCGUGGUGAAAGAAGGGGCUCUGUUACUGGCACCAUACGAGAACUCAUGGUACAGAGCUGAGGUAAUCAAGGUAAACCCUGACCAGACUGUGACGGUGUGUUUUGUGGACUACGGCAAUUCUGACACUGUGACUUUACGUGACCUGAAGCCCCUCCCCCGGCACUUAGUCUACGUCCCGCACCAGACAACGACGUGCAGCCUGGUGUUUUUCUACGAGACGUUUACAGAAGAGGAAUGUGAAGCUUUCAGAAAAAUAACCUACAAUCAGAAACUUCUGGCUACUGUGGUAGCUCAUGGGUACUUGCAUCUUCAGGUGACCUUAGCUGUUACCUUAGAUACAGGAGAGAUGAAGGAUGUUGCUACUGUGAUAGCUGAGAAGGUUCCGAGAUCUGCAGCACAGGGAACCACCAAUGUUCUGUCUGAUUCAGAUAAGAGGUCACGGACAACCCGAUCCACUGAGCCCAAAAUUUCUAUUUUGCGUCAGAUGCCAGACCGCAGUAUGUCAGCACCACCGAUUGUAACGGGAAGCGCUCAGACCUACCCGUCUUUGCCGUACAUCGACAUGUCCUCUAAACCUGUGAACUGUCAGUAUUACCCAAGGGACAGGAUUGCCCCUGUGAUGGAUUAUUCUUCUCGGCGUGGAGCCACACUAGAAGCAUUCCCGCCUCAGAACCCUCAUGUCUCGCCUCUCGCACAUCAGUACGGUUACAAUGGAGAUAUGAGUUACCCGCCGCCACGUAACCCUUUCCCUCAGUCAACCGAUGCAGUGCAGCCUCUGCGCUCCCCGACGCCGAGUCAUCUGCGAGAAGACGCCACACCAUUCCACCCGGGAUCUAUCUACAUCUCUCCUCUGAAAACUGAAGAGUCUCUGGACAUGCACAUGAGCCAGAGGGACAGUGCUUGUAACCAUGGCAACAGGCACCCUGGGGGAGACAGCAAUGGAGCUGUGAGUCAGAGUGGUGAUUGGCAGGUAGACUGCCAGAGUGUGUCCUCAGAACCAGCGUCAUUACCAGCUGCUCCGGCAUCCUUGACCUCCGAACCCCCUUCAGUGAUGACCUCCAGUGCAUUUGAUGAAGAUGCCUGGAUAGAGUUUGAAACCUCCAAAUGGCCAAGCUCCGAAUCUGUUCCAAGCUGUAAACCCACACAACAUUCAGCAUUCUCCAACUCUCGUAGACCCCAGUCAAACAGGAGUCAUUCGGGUAGACAGAGAAAUGCACGCAGUAGAGGAAGUCGUGACCAUAAAGAUGUCCACCGCUCGGGAAACAGCUCUGACAGCAGUGAUCGAGGUGAGAGAAGGUCUUUCACCUGUUAAUGGCUGCAA